AUGGAUGAUGACCUCAAGGGAGGCUGGGGCCCCACGGUAGGGCCCCCAAGAGGCAGCACAAACAGAAGCCGCUGCAUGCCUGCAGCAGCAACAGCAGCAACUGCAGCACCAAGUGCAGCAGCAACAGCAGCACAAACAGCAGCAAAUAUGCUCCCUACGCCAGCAGAUGCUCUGAUUGCUUCGUUGGAUAGCACAGCAGCGUGCAGGCCCUCUCCUGCUGCAGCACCUGCUGCAGCAGCAAAUGCAGCAGCAACUGCAGCAGCAACAGCAGCAGCAAAUGCAGCAGCAAAUGCAGAACUGUACGCAAAAUCAGAAGCUGCUGUCUUCACGGAGGCAGCAAAGUGCUGCUUGGGAGCAAACUACGCAGCCACAAGACAGCAACAGCACCUGCAGCAACAGCAGCAGCUGCUGCUGCUGCAGCAACAGCAGCAUCUGCAAAAGUAUGAUGCACAGGCGCGGCAGCAGCAGCAGCAGCAACAGCAGCAGCAGCAGCUGCUGCACGAGGAGCACAAGGCUGCGUCCUGGGCUGCAUACACCCGGAUCAGCAGCAGCAGCAGCAGCAGCAACAGCAACAGCAGCAGCAGCAGCAGCAGCAGCAGCAACAACAACACGAACGGGUACAGAGACAAAGAGGGGACUCCUCCAUUGCAUGGUUCUUUCUCUCAGCACAACUUCCUUAGCAACAGAAGGGGCAGCAGCAGCAGCAGCAGCAGCAGCAGCAACAGCAGCAGCAGCAGGGACUGCAGCAGCAGCAACUGCAACAGCAGCCUAAGGAAUAACACCAACAGCGGUCUCAACGGCAUUUACUUCCAGCAGCAGAACGGAGCAGCAGCAAACGAAGCGUCUGCUGCUGCUGCUUCUGCUGCUAUGCUGCAGCGCCUUCCAGCAGCAGCACCCUCUGCUGCUGCCUCUCUCUCGUCAGGGCCCCCAUCUCCGUAUGCAGAAGGCAGCAGCAGCAGCAGCAGCAGCAGCAGGACAGCAUCUAACCGAAGCCCAGAUAUUGAGGUGUAUAGCCAGCUUCACGGGGUUUGCUGCGCAUACACAGCAAGCAGCAGCAGCAGGAUACAAGACAACAAACUCCUGCAUACCUCAGCAGCAGCAGCAGCAGCAGCAGCAGCAGAAGCAACGCCUCCAGAGGCAGAUGGAAGCGGUGAAGACACGAUGGGAGCAGCACAAGCAGCAGCAGCAGCAGCAGCAGCAGAAAUGGAGCGGCAGCAGCAGCAAACGCCUGCGCAUGCUGCAGCAGCAGCUUAUUCUCACCAACGACCUUCUGCUGCAGUCUUCGAAGCAUCUGAAGGCCACUCUGUCUUUGGUGUCUCCUUUCGCUCCCCUGCAGCAGCAGCAGCAGCAGCAGCAGCAGAAGCAGCAGCAGCAGCAGCAGCAGAGCAACACUCUCGUUUGCAGCAUCUGCUCAGGGAGACCCCAGAAAGGAGGGAGUUCUUUGCUGCUGCAGCAGCAGCAGCAGUAGAGAGACAGAAGCAGCCACUGACGAGCAGCACAGCCAAUCUAUGGGCAGCAGCAGCAACAGCAGCAGCAGCGGCAGAACGAAGAGCAGCAGCAAUCCAGCAGCAUCCGCAUGCAACACAAGCGUUGCCUUGCUCUUCUGCUGCAGCAGCACAGGGCCCUGAUUUGCUGCAGGUAGCAGCAGCACCGCUGCAGCACCCUCUGCCUCUUCGGGCUCAUUGGCCUCAACUGCCGCAACAGCAGCAGCAGCAGCAACAGCAACAGCAACAGCAGCAGCAGCAGCAACCGUGGCGGACGUUUCCUGCCUUUGCUCAACAGCAGACUUUGUUUGGGACCUUGAGCGAGGUUGGGGACAGCACUCCUCUCGACUCUGCUGUCUCCUUUCAGCAUCCCAGCCAGGAGAACAUACUGCAAGGUCUGGAGUGGUUAGCAGAGGAUGCAGCAGCAGGAGAUGUGCUGCUGUUUGUAUUUUCUGGCUGCAGCUGCGCCUUGCUUGCUGCUGAUCAGCCUGAGGGGCCCUCAGCUCCGCACACCAUGGCGCUGCUGCCCUCAGACUUUGACUGCUGGCAGGGCAAGCAAUUUGUUUCUUCUGCUGCACUGCUCGCACUCGUAAAUAAACUACCUGACGCUUUCACCCUUAGCCCUCCGACUGCAGCAUUACCCCCUUGGAUGGACGAACAGCAGCAGCAGCAGCAGCAGCAGCAGCAGCCUGGCGCCUCAGGCUCUAAGUUUGCUGGUAUUAUAAGGAUUCCUACUCUCCAGCAGCAGCAGCAGCAGCAGCAAGAGCAGCAGCAAAGGCUUGCGCUCUCCGGAGUGCGGGGUUCGGGUGUAUUUAUGCUGAGUUUGUUUGAUGGAGAUGCCGAAGAAGUUUGCGUCAAGGGAAGAGAAGAAGGUGUCUUGACAGCUUUGCUGCUGGGAGCGUUGAGAGGGGAGGUAGGAAAGAAGUCUUCAUACAUUCGUUUGCUGCUUGCUGCUCUCUCACUGCAGCAGAAGGUGCUCAACCCGCUGCAGCAGCAGCCUUCUUCUUCUCCGCGUCUCUGUUUGCUUUUUCUGUCUCCUGCGUCUCCUGCUCAGGUCUCCUUCCUCUCGCACUGGAGAGCAGCAGAUCCUUCAACAGAAGCAGAAGCCUUUGCUGCGCGUUUGCUGCUGUCUCACCAUAAACGUUUAGCAGAAGCAGCAGCAACAGCAGCAGCAAAAGCAAGAGCAGCAGCAGCAGCACAACAACAAGGACAAGACAGACAAACAGCAGCAGCAGCAGCAGCAGCAAAUAGAGGCGCGCCGGCUCAGGCGAUGCUGCUCUGGGAAGCACAAGAUCCUCUACUUAUACAGCGCUGCUGCACCCCGACAGCAGCAGCAGCAGGAACAGCAGCAGCAGCAGCAGCAGCAGCACAAGCAGCAGGAGGAGCAGCAGCAAGAGCAGCCUUCCGUAAUAUUCAGGGUGCAUGCGAAUUGGUGCAGCAAGAACUCGCAGCAAGCGGCAGCAGCAGCAGCAGCGGCGGUUAUUCUGGUUUAGAGCCUAAAGAAAACAGCAGCAGCAGCACGUUGCUGCCUCCGGAGACAGCUGCUUCUGCUGCUGCUGCUGCUGCUGGUGCACUUGGGGUGUCUAGGCAGGUGUCUCCUGAGGUGAAGGAGACAGCAGAAGGGGCAGCAGCAGACCCUUAUCUUGCUGUGUCUCCUUGGCGUCGAAGCAGUUUCUCCUCUCUCUCAUCUCUACACACGCAGUCAACAGCAGCAGCAGCAGCAGCAACAGCAGCAGCAGCAGCAGCAGCAGCAGCAGCAGCACGGGGGCCUUCAAAAGAACCUCAAUGGGAAGCAAAGAGACUCUUUCGGGUGUAUGUACACUCGGUUAGGGAUCUCAACAAACGCCGCAUACAAAAUAAACUCCUCCAGAUACGUCUUGCUGCAGUGCAGCAGCAGCAGCAACAGCAGCCGCAGCAGCAGCAGCUGCCGCUGCUGCAGCACCAGGGAGAAGAGGAGGAAAUGCGAGCUGCUGCUGCCGCACUGCUCUCUAAUGAGCAGUGCAACAACAACAACAGCAGCAGCAGCAGCAGCAGCAGCAGCACGAGAGCAGUGGCUGCGAGCAUUGUGGGCGGCGUUUGCUUUUCCUGCUUUCAGCAGCUUCUUACCUGUCCCCUGCCUGCUGCUGCUGCUGCUGAUGGAGCAGCAGUAGGUGUAUGUACACUCAGAGCUGUCUCCUGA